AUGCCUCAAGCCUCCAGCAACAACACUUCCAACUCCUCUUCUGGCAACAACACUCCCAACUCCUCUUCUGGCAACAGUACCCCAUACUCUCCAGCCAGCACACCUCAAAGCGUCACUUUCAUCAUCAGUCCUCCUACUUCGCCUUACCCUACGCCUGCUACCCCUUGGUCUCCUUAUGGGCAGAAUCCUUUUUAUGACAAGUGGAAAGAUCGCUGGGAGCUGGUGCCAGAGACUGACGAAAGGUUGACUGGAUGGAUGAGAACGAGACCUGGUGAAAGGGAAAUCGGUAAAGAUGUGGUAGAAGAGCAAGAUGGAUAG